AUGCAGCAUUCCCACUCGGCAGACUGUACAAUCACAGAAACAACCGAGAUCUGCUGUUGCGACAGCAACACAUACCCCCUUUCCCCAUGUUCGUCCUCGGAAACGCUUUUGACGUUGGCAUCGAUCACUCCGCAACAGCAAAACAGGUCGUUUUCCAAUGUCACCGCUGCGUCGGAACCGAUCCUGUUGCCGGACUCUCCAUCGGAGCCAUAUGUCACUGUUUGGCAGCCAAAUCUCGUAGAUAAGCAGGUGGUCACCGUGAGCGAGGUGGAACGUUUUGUGCACAGUAAAAUGGGCCGCGAGGUCGACGUCACUAUCAUCCAUUUCCUAGUCUACCUCUUCGCUGCUGCAGAAGAGCAGGACAGAGGGUACAUCAACCAGUGGAAGCUUCUCCACGCAGGAAAGCAAUACCACCUCCAACGGAUCUCCGAUGUGUGCCGCCGGACGGCCUUGUUGAGAGACGUCGCUGCACAAUACUCGACGUUCCAGCUAUUCCACAGCGCCGAGCUUCGGUGUCCACCGCUCUCCAGGCUGGUUGAAGACCUCUUGCAAGAGGCGACGGACUAUAAUGCCAAAUCAUAUGACGAUGUGUGUGUGACAUAUGCCGACGCAAUUGUGAAGAUGUUCAAAAAAUCCAAGCACCGCCAGGAGCGGCCCAAGGCGAUCAAGAAUACCUUCAGACGUGUGUUCAAGAUUAAGCCGCAUGGUAUCGCUGUCUAA